CUUAAAUCGAAAUUAAAACACUGUUCACUUCACUGGCCGCUUGGUUUUGAUUUUGGUUUUGGAGGAAGACACACAAAGGUGCAACGACCGAGCCGCCCUUCCGCGCUACCCUAACCGUUGUUUACGCGGAGCUGUGGGUGAAGUAAUGGCUUCAGCUUCAGCUGCGGCGCCAGCUUCGUCUCUGAAGAGAGCCAAUUCGACGACUUCCAGCGAAAGCGAUGAGCUCAUCAUUACGCCCCUAGGCGCCGGCAACGAAGUCGGCCGCUCCUGCGUUUACAUGUCCUUCAAGGGAAAAGUUGUUAUGUUCGACUGCGGCAUUCAUCCAGCUUUCUCCGGAAUGGCUGCGUUGCCUUACUUCGACGAGAUUGAUCCUUCUGCCAUUGAUCUUCUUCUCAUUACUCACUUUCACUUGGACCAUGCUGCUUCACUUCCAUAUUUUCUGGAAAGGACAACGUUUAAAGGACGGGUUUUUAUGACUCAUGCUACUAAAGCCAUAUACAAGUUGCUUCUAUCAGAUUAUGUUAAAGUUAGCAAGGUCUCAGUUGAAGAUAUGUUAUAUGAUGAGCAGGACAUUCUUCGCUCCAUGGAUAAAAUUGAGGUUAUUGACUUCCAUCAGACUCUGGAGGUUAACGGGAUCCGUUUCUGGUGUUAUACUGCUGGUCACGUUCUUGGUGCUGCCAUGUUUAUGGUUGAUAUAGCUGGUGUUCGUAUCCUCUACACUGGAGAUUAUUCUCGUGAAGAAGACCGUCAUCUUCGUGCUGCUGAGCUGCCCCAGUUCUCCCCAGACGUUUGCAUCAUUGAAUCAACUUAUGGUGUUCAGAGCCAUCAACCACGGCAUAUAAGGGAGAAACGUUUUACUGAUGUCAUCCAUUCAACAAUUUCUCGAGGUGGUCGUGUUCUUAUUCCUGCUUUUGCACUGGGCCGUGCUCAAGAACUACUACUGAUACUGGACGAGUAUUGGGAAAAUCACCGUGAUCUCCACAAUGUUCCCAUAUAUUAUGCUUCCCCACUUGCAAAAAGGUGCAUGGCAGUUUACCAGACCUACAUUAAUUCCAUGAAUGACAGGAUCCGGAAUCAAUUUGCAAGUUCGAAUCCCUUUGACUUUAAACACAUAUCUCCAUUAAAAAGUCUGGAUGAGUUUCGUGAUGUAGGACCAGCAGUUGUGAUGGCAAGUCCUGGUGGGCUUCAAAGUGGGUUGUCGAGGCAGCUGUUUGACAAAUGGUGCUCGGACAAGAGAAAUGCUUGUGUUCUACCUGGUUAUGUUGUUGAAGGGACACCGGCCAAGGCCAUUAUGAGUGAACCAAAGGAAGUUACACUCGCAAGUGGUUUGUCUGCUCCUCUGAACAUGUCAGUCCACUAUAUCUCCUUCUCAGCUCACGCAGAUUAUAAUCAAACAAGCACGUUUCUGAAAGAGCUCAUGCCUCCCAACAUUAUAUUGGUACACGGAGAAGCAAAUGAGAUGGGAAGGCUCAAACAGAAGCUCCUCUCGGUCUUUGCUGAUGGCAACACUAAAAUUAUUACUCCAAAGAACUGUCAGUCUGUAGAAAUGCACUUCAACUCUCAGAAGAUGGCAAAGACGAUUGGAAAGUUGGCGGAAAAGACACCAGCAGUUGGUGAAAUCCUCAGUGGUUUGCUUGUUAAGAAAGGUUUCACCUAUCAGAUAAUGGCUCCUGAUGAUCUUCAUGUCUUCUCUCAACUCUCCACUGGUAGCGUCAUCCAGCGGAUUACGAUCCCAUAUUCAGGUGCUUUUGCUGUUUUGAAACACAGGCUUAAUCUAAUUUAUGAAAGCGUGGAGGCCUCAACAGAUGAGGAAUCUGGGGUACCGACGCUGAAAGUCCAUGACAAGGUGACAGUGAAGCAGGAGACUGAGAAUCAUGUUUCACUACACUGGACAGCAGAUCCCAUCAGUGACAUGGUUUCGGACUCAGUUGUGGCUCUAGUACUGAAUGCUAGCCGAGAACUGCCAAAGCUCAUGGUUGAAUCUGAACAGGAAACGACUGAAGACGAACAAAGCAAGAAAGCGGACAAAAUCAUACACGCACUUCUUGUUUCCCUGUUUGGAGUUGUGAAAUACGAGAACGAGGGCAAGCUGUUGAUCAAUGUAGAUGGGACUAUAGCCCUUCUGGAGAAACAGAGUGGUGAAGUGGAAUGUGAGAAUGAAGGCCUUAAAGAACGAGUUAAGACAGCAUACCGGAGAAUCAUCAGCGCCAUAAAGCCGAUACCACCUCCCGGAUCUUAGGAUCUCAACCUGCCGCCUUGUGAGAAAGUUUGGUUGGAGAAAUCUAGACAAUUCUUGCUAAAACUUGUACUCUCUGCAUCACGCAAUGCAUAUAACUUGAUACACUGAAAAACCACUUUUUUUGCUUGUUAAAUUUUGUUCGCUGAUCUACUUA